UAAAUGUUAUAACACCAAAAACAACUUUCCACCAUGUUACAACUACGAAAUACGGGUCAAAUGCUGUAGAGGUAAUGAAAACUGCGCCACUACAAAGCCAUCAUCAACAACAAAAGAAAAAACAACCACAGCUACAACAGGCUCUACCACAAGACGUUCAACAACCUAUCCAGUGUCCACAACAAUGAAAACUACAACAGUUGGCUCAACAUCAAGAACUCCAUCAACUACAACAAGGACAACAACAAAAACUACAACAGGCUCUACCACAAGAAGUUCAACAACACGUAUCUCGGUGUCCACAACACCAGCCAAAACUACAACAGCAUCAAAAAGUUCUACAACUAUGACUGUAACUACUAAAGUUACUCCAAAAACAACAACAAUAACAACUCCAACAACACCUGGUUGUUUGCCUUUGACUUGCCAAUGGUCUCAGUGGUUGGACACCAACUACCCUGAUAGUGUAACAACCAAAGGAGGAGGCGAAUUUGAAUCUAUAGCUGCCAUGUGGAAAUCUGGAAACAUUACCUGUGAGAAACCAGCAGACAUUGAAUGCAGAGCCAAAGAAUACAAGGAUGUGCCUUUAGCAGAUUUGGGUCAAAAUGUGACAUGUGACGUUUCUGUUGGUCUUAAAUGUUAUAACACCAAAAACAACUUUCCACCAUGUUACAACUACGAAAUACGGGUCAAAUGCUGUAGAGGUAAUGAAAACUGCGCCACUACAAAGCCAUCAUCAACAACAAAAGAAAAAACAACCACAGCUACAACAGGCUCUACCACAAGACGUUCAACAACCUAUCCAGUGUCCACAACAAUGAAAACUACAACAGUUGGCUCAACAUCAAGAACUCCAUCAACUACAACAAGGACAACAACAAAAACUACAACAGGCUCUACCACAAGAAGUUCAACAACACGUAUCUCGGUGUCCACAACACCAGCCAAAACUACAACAGCAUCAAAAAGUUCUACAACUAUGACUGUAACUACUAAAGUUACUCCAAAAACAACAACAAUAACAACUCCAACAACACCUGGUUGUUUGCCUUUGACUUGCCAAUGGUCUCAGUGGUUGGACACCAACUACCCUGAUAGUGUAACAACCAAAGGAGGAGGCGAAUUUGAAUCUAUAGCUGCCAUGUGGAAAUCUGGAAACAUUACCUGUGAGAAACCAGCAGACAUUGAAUGCAGAGCCAAAGAAUACAAGGAUGUGCCUUUAGCAGAUUUGGGUCAAAAUGUGACAUGUGACGUUUCUGUUGGUCUUAAAUGUUAUAACACCAAAAACAACUUUCCACCAUGUUACAACUACGAAAUACGGGUCAAAUGCUGUAGAGGUAAUGAAAACUGCGCCACUACAAAGCCAUCAUCAACAACAAAAGAAAAAACAACCACAGCUACAACAGGCUCUACCACAAGACGUUCAACAACCUAUCCAGUGUCCACAACAAUGAAAACUACAACAGUUGGCUCAACAUCAAGAACUCCAUCAACUACAACAAGGACAACAACAAAAACUACAACAGGCUCUACCACAAGAAGUUCAACAACACGUAUCUCGGUGUCCACAACACCAGCCAAAACUACAACAGCAUCAAAAAGUUCUACAACUAUGACUGUAACUACUAAAGUUACUCCAAAAACAACAACAAUAACAACUCCAACAACACCUGGUUGUUUGCCUUUGACUUGCCAAUGGUCUCAGUGGUUGGACACCAACUACCCUGAUAGUGUAACAACCAAAGGAGGAGGCGAAUUUGAAUCUAUAGCUGCCAUGUGGAAAUCUGGAAACAUUACCUGUGAGAAACCAGCAGACAUUGAAUGCAGAGCCAAAGCAUACAAGGAUGUGCCUUUAGCAGAUUUGGGUCAAAAUGUGACAUGUGACGUUUCUAUUGGUCUUAAAUGUUAUAACACCAAAAACAACUUUCCACCAUGUUACAACUACGAAAUACGGGUCAAAUGCUGUAGAGGUAAUGAAAACUGCGCCACUACAAAGCCAUCAUCAACAACAACAGGAAAAACAACCACAGCUACAACAGGCUCUACCACAAGACGUUCAACAACCUAUCCAGUGUCCACAACAAUGAAAACUACAACAGUUGGCUCAACAUCAAGAACUCCAUCAACUACAACAAGGACAACAACAAAAACUACAACAGGCUCUACCACAAGAAGUUCAACAACACGUAUCUCGGUGUCCACAACACCAGCCAAAACUACAACAGCAUCAAAAAGUUCUACAACUAUGACUGUAACUACUAAAGUUACUCCAAAAACAACAACAAUAACAACUCCAACAACACCUGGUUGUUUGCCUUUGACUUGCCAAUGGUCUCAGUGGUUGGACACCAACUACCCUGAUAGUGUAACAACCAAAGGAGGAGGCGAAUUUGAAUCUAUAGCUGCCAUGUGGAAAUCUGGAAACAUUACCUGUGAGAAACCAGCAGACAUUGAAUGCAGAGCCAAAGAAUACAAGGAUGUGCCUUUAGCAGAUUUGGGUCAAAAUGUGACAUGUGACGUUUCUGUUGGUCUUAAAUGUUAUAACACCAAAAACAACUUUCCACCAUGUUACAACUACGAAAUACGGGUCAAAUGCUGUAGAGGUAAUGAAAACUGCGCCACUACAAAGCCAUCAUCAACAACAAAAGAAAAAACAACCACAGCUACAACAGGCUCUACCACAAGACGUUCAACAACCUAUCCAGUGUCCACAACAAUGAAAACUACAACAGUUGGCUCAACAUCAAGAACUCCAUCAACUACAACAAGGACAACAACAAAAACUACAACAGGCUCUACCACAAGAAGUUCAACAACACGUAUCUCGGUGUCCACAACACCAGCCAAAACUACAACAGCAUCAAAAAGUUCUACAACUAUGACUGUAACUACUAAAGUUACUCCAAAAACAACAACAAUAACAACUCCAACAACACCUGGUUGUUUGCCUUUGACUUGCCAAUGGUCUCAGUGGUUGGACACCAACUACCCUGAUAGUGUAACAACCAAAGGAGGAGGCGAAUUUGAAUCUAUAGCUGCCAUGUGGAAAUCUGGAAACAUUACCUGUGAGAAACCAGCAGACAUUGAAUGCAGAGCCAAAGAAUACAAGGAUGUGCCUUUAGCAGAUUUGGGUCAAAAUGUGACAUGUGACGUUUCUGUUGGUCUUAAAUGUUAUAACACCAAAAACAACUUUCCACCAUGUUACAACUACGAAAUACGGGUCAAAUGCUGUAGAGGUAAUGAAAACUGCGCCACUACAAAGCCAUCAUCAACAACAAAAGAAAAAACAACCACAGCUACAACAGGCUCUACCACAAGACGUUCAACAACCUAUCCAGUGUCCACAACAAUGAAAACUACAACAGUUGGCUCAACAUCAAGAACUCCAUCAACUACAACAAGGACAACAACAAAAACUACAACAGGCUCUACCACAAGAAGUUCAACAACACGUAUCUCGGUGUCCACAACACCAGCCAAAACUACAACAGCAUCAAAAAGUUCUACAACUAUGACUGUAACUACUAAAGUUACUCCAAAAACAACAACAAUAACAACUCCAACAACACCUGGUUGUUUGCCUUUGACUUGCCAAUGGUCUCAGUGGUUGGACACCAACUACCCUGAUAGUGUAACAACCAAAGGAGGAGGCGAAUUUGAAUCUAUAGCUGCCAUGUGGAAAUCUGGAAACAUUACCUGUGAGAAACCAGCAGACAUUGAAUGCAGAGCCAAAGAAUACAAGGAUGUGCCUUUAGCAGAUUUGGGUCAAAAUGUGACAUGUGACAUUUCUGUUGGUCUUAAAUGUUAUAACACCAAAAACAACUUUCCACCAUGUUACAACUACGAAAUACGGGUCAAAUGCUGUAGAGGUAAUGAAAACUGCGCCACUACAAAGCCAUCAUCAACAACAAAAGAAAAAACAACCACAGCUACAACAGGCUCUACCACAAGACGUUCAACAACCUAUCCAGUGUCCACAACAAUGAAAACUACAACAGUUGGCUCAACAUCAAGAACUCCAUCAACUACAACAAGGACAACAACAAAAACUACAACAGGCUCCACCACAAGAAGUUCAACAACACGUAUCUCGGUGUCCACAACACCAGCCAAAACUACAACAGCAUCAAAAAGUUCUACAACUAUGACUGUAACUACUAAAGUUACUCCAAAAACAACAACAAUAACAACUCCAACAACACCUGGUUGUUUGCCUUUGACUUGCCAAUGGUCUCAGUGGUUGGACACCAACUACCCUGAUAGUGUAACAACCAAAGGAGGAGGCGAAUUUGAAUCUAUAGCUGCCAUGUGGAAAUCUGGAAACAUUACCUGUGAGAAACCAGCAGACAUUGAAUGCAGAGCCAAAGAAUACAAGGAUGUGCCUUUAGCAGAUUUGGGUCAAAAUGUGACAUGUGACGUUUCUGUUGGUCUUAAAUGUUAUAACACCAAAAACAACUUUCCACCAUGUUACAACUACGAAAUACGGGUCAAAUGCUGUAGAGGUAAUGAAAACUGCGCCACUACAAAGCCAUCAUCAACAACAAAAGAAAAAACAACCACAGCUACAACAGGCUCUACCACAAGACGUUCAACAACCUAUCCAGUGUCCACAACAAUGAAAACUACAACAGUUGGCUCAACAUCAAGAACUCCAUCAACUACAACAAGGACAACAACAAAAACUACAACAGGCUCUACCACAAGAAGUUCAACAACACGUAUCUCGGUGUCCACAACACCAGCCAAAACUACAACAGCAUCAAAAAGUUCUACAACUAUGACUGUAACUACUAAAGUUACUCCAAAAACAACAACAAUAACAACUCCAACAACACCUGGUUGUUUGCCUUUGACUUGCCAAUGGUCUCAGUGGUUGGACACCAACUACCCUGAUAGUGUAACAACCAAAGGAGGAGGCGAAUUUGAAUCUAUAGCUGCCAUGUGGAAAUCUGGAAACAUUACCUGUGAGAAACCAGCAGACAUUGAAUGCAGAGCCAAAGAAUACAAGGAUGUGCCUUUAGCAGAUUUGGGUCAAAAUGUGACAUGUGACGUUUCUGUUGGUCUUAAAUGUUAUAACACCAAAAACAACUUUCCACCAUGUUACAACUACGAAAUACGGGUCAAAUGCUGUAGAGGUAAUGAAAACUGCGCCACUACAAAGCCAUCAUCAACAACAAAAGAAAAAACAACCACAGCUACAACAGGCUCUACCACAAGACGUUCAACAACCUAUCCAGUGUCCACAACAAUGAAAACUACAACAGUUGGCUCAACAUCAAGAACUCCAUCAACUACAACAAGGACAACAACAAAAACUACAACAGGCUCUACCACAAGAAGUUCAACAACACGUAUCUCGGUGUCCACAACACCAGCCAAAACUACAACAGCAUCAAAAAGUUCUACAACUAUGACUGUAACUACUAAAGUUACUCCAAAAACAACAACAAUAACAACUCCAACAACACCUGGUUGUUUGCCUUUGACUUGCCAAUGGUCUCAGUGGUUGGACACCAACUACCCUGAUAGUGUAACAACCAAAGGAGGAGGCGAAUUUGAAUCUAUAGCUGCCAUGUGGAAAUCUGGAAACAUUACCUGUGAGAAACCAGCAGACAUUGAAUGCAGAGCCAAAGAAUACAAGGAUGUGCCUUUAGCAGAUUUGGGUCAAAAUGUGACAUGUGACGUUUCUGUUGGUCUUAAAUGUUAUAACACCAAAAACAACUUUCCACCAUGUUACAACUACGAAAUACGGGUCAAAUGCUGUAGAGGUAAUGAAAACUGCGCCACUACAAAGCCAUCAUCAACAACAACAGGAAAAACAACCACAGCUACAACAGGCUCUACCUCAAGACGUUCAACAACCUAUCCAGUGUCCACAACAAUGAAAACUACAACAGUUGGCUCAACAUCAAGAACUCCAUCAACUACAACAAGGACAACAACAAAAACUACAACAGGCUCUACCACAAGAAGUUCAACAACACGUAUCUCGGUGUCCACAACACCAGCCAAAACUACAACAGCAUCAAAAAGUUCUACAACUAUGACUGUAACUACUAAAGUUACUCCAAAAACAACAACAAUAACAACUCCAACAACACCUGGUUGUUCGCCUUUGACUUGCCAAUGGUCUCAGUGGUUGGACACCAACUACCCUGAUAGUGUAACAACCAAAGGAGGAGGCGAAUUUGAAUCUAUAGCUGCCAUGUGGAAAUCUGGAAACAUUACCUGUGAGAAACCAGCAGACAUUGAAUGCAGAGCCAAAGAAUACAAGGAUGUGCCUUUAGCAGAUUUGGGUCAAAAUGUGACAUGUGACGUUUCUGUUGGUCUUAAAUGUUAUAACACCAAAAACAACUUUCCACCAUGUUACAACUACGAAAUACGGGUCAAAUGCUGUAGAGGUAAUGAAAACUGCGCCACUACAAAGCCAUCAUCAACAACAAAAGAAAAAACAACCACAGCUACAACAGGCUCUACCACAAGACGUUCAACAACCUAUCCAGUGUCCACAACAAUGAAAACUACAACAGUUGGCUCAACAUCAAGAACUCCAUCAACUACAACAAGGACAACAACAAAAACUACAACAGGCUCCACCACAAGAAGUUCAACAACACGUAUCUCGGUGUCCACAACACCAGCCAAAACUACAACAGCAUCAAAAAGUUCUACAACUAUGACUGUAACUACUAAAGUUACUCCAAAAACAACAACAAUAACAACUCCAACAACACCUGGUUGUUUGCCUUUGACUUGCCAAUGGUCUCAGUGGUUGGACACCAACUACCCUGAUAGUGUAACAACCAAAGGAGGAGGCGAAUUUGAAUCUAUAGCUGCCAUGUGGAAAUCUGGAAACAUUACCUGUGAGAAACCAGCAGACAUUGAAUGCAGAGCCAAAGAAUACAAGGAUGUGCCUUUAGCAGAUUUGGGUCAAAAUGUGACAUGUGACGUUUCUGUUGGUCUUAAAUGUUAUAACACCAAAAACAACUUUCCACCAUGUUACAACUACGAAAUACGGGUCAAAUGCUGUAGAGGUAAUGAAAACUGCGCCACUACAAAGCCAUCAUCAACAACAAAAGAAAAAACAACCACAGCUACAACAGGCUCUACCACAAGACGUUCAACAACCUAUCCAGUGUCCACAACAAUGAAAACUACAACAGUUGGCUCAACAUCAAGAACUCCAUCAACUACAACAAGGACAACAACAAAAACUACAACAGGCUCUACCACAAGAAGUUCAACAACACGUAUCUCGGUGUCCACAACACCAGCCAAAACUACAACAGCAUCAAAAAGUUCUACAACUAUGACUGUAACUACUAAAGUUACUCCAAAAACAACAACAAUAACAACUCCAACAACACCUGGUUGUUCGCCUUUGACUUGCCAAUGGUCUCAGUGGUUGGACACCAACUACCCUGAUAGUGUAACAACCAAAGGAGGAGGCGAAUUUGAAUCUAUAGCUGCCAUGUGGAAAUCUGGAAACAUUACCUGUGAGAAACCAGCAGACAUUGAAUGCAGAGCCAAAGAAUACAAGGAUGUGCCUUUAGCAGAUUUGGGUCAAAAUGUGACAUGUGACGUUUCUGUUGGUCUUAAAUGUUAUAACACCAAAAACAACUUUCCACCAUGUUACAACUACGAAAUACGGGUCAAAUGCUGUAGAGGUAAUGAAAACUGCGCCACUACAAAGCCAUCAUCAACAACAAAAGAAAAAACAACCACAGCUACAACAGGCUCUACCACAAGACGUUCAACAACCUAUCCAGUGUCCACAACAAUGAAAACUACAACAGUUGGCUCAACAUCAAGAACUCCAUCAACUACAACAAGGACAACAACAAAAACUACAACAGGCUCCACCACAAGAAGUUCAACAACACGUAUCUCGGUGUCCACAACACCAGCCAAAACUACAACAGCAUCAAAAAGUUCUACAACUAUGACUGUAACUACUAAAGUUACUCCAAAAACAACAACAAUAACAACUCCAACAACACCUGGUUGUUUGCCUUUGACUUGCCAAUGGUCUCAGUGGUUGGACACCAACUACCCUGAUAGUGUAACAACCAAAGGAGGAGGCGAAUUUGAAUCUAUAGCUGCCAUGUGGAAAUCUGGAAACAUUACCUGUGAGAAACCAGCAGACAUUGAAUGCAGAGCCAAAGAAUACAAGGAUGUGCCUUUAGCAGAUUUGGGUCAAAAUGUGACAUGUGACGUUUCUGUUGGUCUUAAAUGUUAUAACACCAAAAACAACUUUCCACCAUGUUACAACUACGAAAUACGGGUCAAAUGCUGUAGAGGUAAUGAAAACUGCGCCACUACAAAGCCAUCAUCAACAACAAAAGAAAAAACAACCACAGCUACAACAGGCUCUACCACAAGACGUUCAACAACCUAUCCAGUGUCCACAACAAUGAAAACUACAACAGUUGGCUCAACAUCAAGAACUCCAUCAACUACAACAAGGACAACAACAAAAACUACAACAGGCUCUACCACAAGAAGUUCAACAACACGUAUCUCGGUGUCCACAACACCAGCCAAAACUACAACAGCAUCAAAAAGUUCUACAACUAUGACUGUAACUACUAAAGUUACUCCAAAAACAACAACAAUAACAACUCCAACAACACCUGGUUGUUUGCCUUUGACUUGCCAAUGGUCUCAGUGGUUGGACACCAAUUACCCUGAUAGUGUAACAACCAAAGGAGGAGGCGAAUUUGAAUCUAUAGCUGCCAUGUGGAAAUCUGGAAACAUUACCUGUGAGAAACCAGCAGACAUUGAAUGCAGAGCCAAAGAAUACAAGGAUGUGCCUUUAGCAGGUUUGGGUCAAAAUGUGACAUGUGACGUUUCUGUUGGUCUUAAAUGUUAUAACACCAAAAACAACUUUCCACCAUGUUACAACUACGAAAUACGGGUCAAAUGCUGUAAAGUUAAUGAAAACUGCGCCACUACAAAGCCAUCAUCAACAACAAAAGAAAAAACAACCACAGCUACAACAGGCUCUACCACAAGACGUUCAACAACCUAUCCAGUGUCCACAACAAUGAAAACUACAACAGUUGGCUCAACAUCAAGAACUCCAUCAACUACAACAAGGACAACAACAAAAACUACAACAGGCUCUACCACAAGAAGUUCAACAACACGUAUCUCGGUGUCCACAACACCAGCCAAAACUACAACAGCAUCAAAAAGUUCUACAACUAUGACUGUAACUACUAAAGUUACUCCAAAAACAACAACAAUAACAACUCCAACAACACCUGGUUGUUUGCCUUUGACUUGCCAAUGGUCUCAGUGGUUGGACACCAACUACCCUGAUAGUGUAACAACCAAAGGAGGAGGCGAAUUUGAAUCUAUAGCUGCCAUGUGGAAAUCUGGAAACAUUACCUGUGAGAAACCAGCAGACAUUGAAUGCAGAGCCAAAGAAUACAAGGAUGUGCCUUUAGCAGAUUUGGGUCAAAAUGUGACAUGUGACGUUUCUGUUGGUCUUAAAUGUUAUAACACCAAAAACAACUUUCCACCAUGUUACAACUACGAAAUACGGGUAAAAUGCUGUAGAGUUAAUGAAAACUGCGCCACUACAAAGCCAUCAUCAACAACAAAAGGAAAAACAACCACAGCUACAACAGGCUCUACCACAAGACGUUCAACAACCUAUCCAGUGUCCACAACAAUGAAAACUACAACAGUUGGCUCAACAUCAAGAACUCCAUCAACUACAACAAGGACAACAACAAAAACUACAACAGGCUCUACCACAAGAAGUUCAACAACACGUAUCUCGGUGUCCACAACACCAGCCAAAACUACAACAGCAUCAAAAGGUUCUACAACUAUGACUGUAACUACUAAAGUUACUCCAAAAACAACAACAAUAACAACUCCAACAGCACCUGGUUGUUUGCCUUUGACUUGCCAAUGGUCUCAGUGGUUGGACACCAACUACCCUGAUAGUGUAACAACCAAAGGAGGAGGCGAAUUUGAAUCUAUAGCUGCCAUGUGGAAAUCUGGAAACAUUACCUGUGAGAAACCAGCAGACAUUGAAUGCAGAGCCAAAGAAUACAAGGAUGUGCCAUUAGCAGAUUUGGGUCAAAAUGUGACAUGUGACGUUUCUGUUGGUCUUAAAUGUUAUAACACGGAAAACAACUUUCCACCAUGUUACAACUAUGAAAUACGGGUAAAAUGCUGUAGAGGUAAUGAAAACUGCGCCACUACAAAGCCAUCAUCAACAACAACAACAGGAAAAACAACCACAGCUACAACAGGCUCUACCACAAGACGUUCAACAACCUAUCCAGUGUCCACAACAAUGAAAACUACAACAGUUGGCUCAACAUCAAGAACUCCAUCAACUACAACAAGGACAACAACAAAAACUACAACAGGCUCUACCACAAGAAGUUCAACAACACGUAUCUCGGUGUCCACAACACCAGCCAAAACUACAACAGCAUCAAGACCAACACAGCACAGCACAACAGAAACCACAUUUAAUGUAAUCACAAAGCCAACAACAACCAACACCCCAUCACCCGUCAUUUGUGUCUGCAUAUAUAAAACCAAGGAGUUCAGCCCAGGGUCUCUCAUGUAUAAUGAAACUAGAGGGGCUGGGCAGUGUUCCAGUGUUUACUGUGGUCCAGCCUGUGAAAUUGUUAUAACACCACAACCUUGCCCUUCCACUACUCCUCCUUCUCCAACACCUCCUACUUCUGCUGCCCGUAGUACCUCCACUCCUGCUAUUACUACGUCUAAGCCAUUUAUGGACUGCGAAUACCUUGAUCCACCAAAAAAGAAUGGAGAAACCUGGACUGAGGACUGUUUUGUGAAAACAUGCGUGAAUGGUUCAGGCAUCAUCACACCUGUGUGCAAGGAUUUACAUCCUCCUAAACCAGUGUGUGACAAUCCAAACACUCAACCAGAAAGAAUUAAAGAUGGGUGCUGCUUACAUUAUAAAUGUCCAUGUACAUGCAAAGGCUGGGGAGAUGCACAUUAUGUGACUUUUGAUGGACAGUAUUAUGCUUUCCAAGGAAACUGCACAUAUGUGUUGGUCCAGGAAAUCAUCAAAAAGUACAACUUCAGUGUCCACAUCAAGAACUGUAAUGUUGAUCAAGGUUUGGCUUGUCCUGAGAGUUUGACCAUAUACUAUAAAUCAUAUGAAAUCAACUUGAUACAGACAAGAAACCCAACUGUGAACACAGUAUUGGUCAAUAAUAAAGAGAAGAACACAGCUUUCUCUAAUGACGAUUUUACCAUCACCAGUACUGGGAUUAAGAUGAUUGUGACUAUUCCUGCUAUCAAUGCUGAGAUUAACUUCGCAGGCAGGAACUUUUUAGUGACCCUACCAUCUUCUUUAUUCCAAAACAACACUGAGGGACAGUGUGGUGUUUGUGACAACAACAAGAAAAAUGACUGCAGACUACCUAAUGGACAAAUUGGGUCAUGUGAGACAAUGGCUGGUGCUUGGAAAGUAAACGACACACGCUGCCCUUUUAUACCUCCCACCGUAUCCCCAACCUCACCCCCAACCCCAACAGCAGCUACCAAAACUACAACCCCAACCACAAAUGCACCAUGUGACCCAGACAUCUGCAAAGUCAUCCUCAGCCAGGUGUUUAAAGAGUGCCGCAAAUUAUCUCCCCAUGAGCUUUUCUAUGAGGCUUGUAAAUAUGAUGUCUGCCGCAUGGGGAACUCCUCUGGCUGCUACAGUCUGGAGGCAUAUGCCAGCGCAUGUGCUGAUGCGUCUGUAUGUGUGGACUGGAGGAAUUCAACCAAUGGACUUUGUGAAUACAAGUGUCCCAGCCAUAAAGUCUACCAGGCAUGUGGUUCCAAGGUGGAAAAAACCUGCAAUUCAGGGUACAACGACAAGUUUGUAAAUUGUGCGUCUCAGGUGUGUCAAGGCCUCGAGGAAGGAUGCGUCUGUCCUAAAGGCACCACUCAGUUGAACAGUGUUACAGACAUUUGUACGCCUUUCUGUGGUUGUGAAGAUUCUGAUGGGCUGGCUAGAAAGCCAGGGGACAAAUGGAAAAUGAACUGUAAAGAUUGUGAAUGCCGUGCUGAGAACAUGGGUCCAGUAUGUAAACCUGUCCAGUGUCCAGUCUUAGAACCCUGUAACAAAGCAGGCUAUGAGAUCAAAAGAGAUGGUUGCUGUCCCGAGUGUGUACGCAAGCCAGUCUGUGUAUUCAACAACACAGAAUACUUGCCUGGAGCUAAAGUUCCAGUAGACAUCUGCAAGGACUGCAUCUGUGGUUCCAGCCUGGACCCCAAGACUGGACUAAAAGCUAUAGAAUGCUCUACAGUGACCUGCAACACUACCUGCUCUCAGGGCUUCAGCUAUGUAAGCCACCCUGGGCAAUGCUGUGGAACAUGUGUACAACAACACUGCAUUUAUACAGGACCAAACAAAACAGUAUACACUAUUGAGGUUGGGAAGAGCUUUAACCCUCCAAAUGAAAAGUGUGCAAUAAGCUAUAAUUGCACUAAAGUCAACGAUGCAUUUACAUUGGUGGCAAACAAAUCUACAUGCCCAGCAUUUAACCCAGAAUACUGCAUAAAUGGCACUGUGACAACCACUCCCGAUGGAUGUUGCAAAACCUGCAAGAUUCAGAACUGCCGUGUUCAGAGGAACAACACUUACCUGGUGGUCAAUAACUGUACAUCUGCACAGUCUGUGGAGAUAACCUCCUGCUACGGCUCCUGUGACACCAGCUCAAUAUACUCGAUGGCAGCUAACAGCAUGAUGCACCAGUGCUCCUGCUGUCAGGAGCUGCGUAUCAGGAGCAAGCAGGUGGAGAUGAACUGUCCUGACCAGCGCCAGAUCACUUACACAUACACUUAUGUUGAAGAGUGUGGCUGCCAAGUGACAGAGUGCAAAGACAAAAAGCGGUGAAUAAAGGAAGCGUUCCCAAUUCUCACCAACUAUUGUCUAUAGUCUUUACAACUGAUAAUGAAACACUGUUGAUUUGAGUCCAAGUAAUCAAAUGGUGAGAUAAAUGUCUUUCUCUCUGUGCUCAUUCCAGAAGUUCUUUUAUUAAUGAUUAGUAUUUUAUAUGAUGGGUACAUAAUUUCUUAGAUUUUUGGGCUACAGAGUUCAAUGUUUUGCUAUCUAAAAAAGGGCACAAAACAGAUGAGCACUGUAAUCUCCUGCAUGCUGUGUCUUAACUUACUCUACUGAUCAUGAUGGCCUAAUGUUUCUUUAAAUAUGAUCUUCUUUCUUAUGAUUGUCAUUUCUUUUAGAAUCAAUGCUAAAAAUAAAAUAAUACAGCAUCAGU